AGUAUCUUUAAAGUGCAGAUUAAAAAAACAACAAACAAAAACAUAGGACAAGAUGACGAAACCGCCUCUACACUCAAGGGUCUUCUGCACUUGUUCCUUAAGGGUUGUCCUUAAAGUCAUCAGGUGCUUUGGCCUUUUAAACACGCCCAUGUUAAAGCAGGCCCACCACAGGCUGAUCAGACCUGGGUGUGGUUCCUUAACAUCUUGGCGCCCAGCUGGGGUCUCUCCUUGUGAUCCACAGUCAUUGGCUGCAGCUUUCUGUACUCCAUGAUCGAUGUUGCAGCCGAACCUCCACUGGCUGACGGACGUGAGUUUCAAAGUGGUGAAAGAUUUAGGAGAUCUGAACAAAAGUUGAAUAUUUUGGAAAGUAUGAAAUACAUAUUAGAAAACCAUGACAGCAGGUAUUUAGCUUUGCUGCUUUGGCUCCUCUGACAGCCCCAGACAUCAGAUGGCAGCCUUGCAAAGACUAACAUCAAUAUACAGUCGGCAGCUAUGUAUAAAUAUGUAUCAUCUCCCGUCCAGGCGAAACAACUGCUGAUAUGAAACACUAUAUCUGACUGAAUGUGUCUCUCGGCUGCCAGAUUCUUUUUUGUCUUCCAGAGACAGAAAUAGACUCUUGUGUGUCCGCUGCCAUAAAUUUCUGCUGCCAGCCAGCGUCCAGCCAGCGAGCCCUCCUGGCACCUGCCUCCUUCCCACCUCUCCCUCACGCUCCGCUACUUUUAUGGAUCCGUAUAUUCACAAGUCAGGCGGUGAUUAGCGAUCUGAGUUCUCCACCAGCUUCUCCCUUGCUCAUUUUAUGCUUGGAUGUUUGUCCUUGACUCUCUUGUAGCUGGCAUGGGUUUUUUCCUCUUCACCCUCUUUCUCUCUCUCCCUCUCUGUAUAGCUACGUUUUUUUAGUCUUCCACUUCAUCCCUCUUACUCCCCCCCAUCACUUUAAUUUAAAAUCCUCGAUAGUGUCUUUUGAUUUCUGGUUUUGAACUUUUUGCAGCAGACGGGGAUGUACCAAAACUACGCCGAAGCCACCGAAACCAAUAACAAUAACAGUCUUCUCUGUGAUCACAAGCAAAAACUUGUCCAGGCUAUUAAAAGAAUCAAGCGUGAGGCCGAUGACUGCCGAGAUGCAGAGAGAGAGACCUACAUAGAGUCAGGGGAAGUGGAGCGUAGGUUUGAUGAUCUGGAGCGAGAAAUCCAAGCCGAGUUUCAGAACCUCCAUCGCUUCCUGGACGAGGAGGAGUGUAAGGACGUGGAGCGACUGAGGAGGGCGAGACAGAAACAACUGAGACAGCUGAAGGAGAGAGAGAAGAAAAUAGCAGCGCAAGGGAGAGACCUGGACGGAGCGAUCAGGGUGCUAAACAGCAAACUGGCCGAGGAGGACAGUGCCACGCUGCUCAAAGAAAUUCAAGAUCUUAUUAAAAGGUCUCAGGUCAGCUUUGUUCCUCCAGCGGACGUGGACACUGAGGUGCGCUCUGGUCAGUUUGUGGGGCCCAUCCAGUACAGGAUAUGGAAGCGUAUGAAAAGCUGCCUCUACCCAAAUAUAACAUCAGUGACCUUAGACCCUGAGACAGCUCACCCGAACCUGUCCCUGUCCCAGUCCUGCACCUCAGUAUGGUUCGAGGAAGACAAAGACACAGCAGAUAUCGAGCCCAACCCACGACGCUUCCACUACUAUUACUGUGUACUGGGUCAUCAGGGCUUCACCACUGGGCGGCACUACUGGGAGGUGGAGGUGGGUUGUAAGACAGCGUGGAGGCUGGGUGUAGCACGAGAAGAUGUCCCAAGAGGGGAGAUGGCUGCCACGGGCACCUCCAGUGGCCUCUGGACCCUGGCCCUGAAGAGUGGAUCCGUCCUGGCCUGCACCGACCCAGAACCCACCAAAAUCACUGUGUCUCUCCGUCUCGUUCGCAUCGGCAUUUUCUUGAACUGUGAAAAAGAGGAGGUGUCUUUCUAUAACGCUGUGACCAUGGCACCGAUCUACACCUUCACCAUGGGAUCGGUCAUGGUGCCUCUGCUCCCCUUCUUUAACCCCUGUGACACACACGACGGGAAGAACACGACACCAAUACAGAUUUUCAAACCUUCACUAUGAUAAAGAAGUGUUACCACUAGAUAGAAGAUGACGACUGUUCCUAUUGGUCCAAACUGUUCAUUUUAUAAAUAGAAUCAUUAUAAGAUUUGGAACCAAUCUGGAGCUCAAUGACAAGUCGAUGAGUUGGUUAGUUGAUCGAUAGAAAAUCAUUUGGAAACAGUUUAAAUUAUUAUCUAAUCAUUGCCUUCAUUUUUCAAUAAUUUUUUUUUUUUUUACGAUUUUGAGAUAUUCUUUUGUUAUUAUUAAUUUUGCGAUAAUCUGGAUCUAGUGAUCUUCAAUUUGGUUUCAUAAGGCGACUGUUGGGCUUUGUCACAAGAGUAAAAGAAAAUGGAGCACCAGGGUCUUGUAGAGGCGACCUGGAGCUUCAGGGUGCAGAGCAGGUGUGAACCCCUUUAUGACGUAACCUUUGACCUCUUUAUAAAUAUCUUCGAUGCGUCCGCUCUGCUGUGACAUGUCCCCGCCAUGUUUUGUCAUUAAUGGGACCUGGGGUGUGAAAAUGGCGCGGAAGCACUCAGAGCAAACGACGGCUGACACGGAGUGAGAGAACUGACUGAGAUGUAGUUUGACAGCCCUGAGACCAGACUGUCCUUCUGCAAGCCUGUCGCUCCCAGAGAACAAAAAGACGACGGGAACAGCAAACGUCACAAUCUUUUGUUUAUUCUUAGUAUUCCUUUACACAUGAAAUAAAGAAGAAAACAAAAUAUUUUCCAUAUUAAAACAUCUGUGUGAAGUGUUGUGCAAAAAGGGAAGGGGAGAGAGAAGGUGAGGGACGUCACCCUACACUCAGACGAAUCACGUUGUGCAAGAGGUCGGCGUGGUAUCAACAGUGGGUUGUCAGAGGUGGGUACGAAAACAGAAUUCCUCUGGCACCUGUGAGAUAUAAUCACUACUCUCCCACUAUGACGGAGCUGUCUCUGAAAUACUGGUGACAAACCAGAGGCUCUCCCCACCGAUGCACUAUCCCCCACUCGCAUGCUGUGACCAUCACGGACAAUAUUCUUUUCGAUGACGGUGGUACAUGGAGAUGCUGCACCGUCCGCCUCUCGACCCUCAGGGAUCUUCACUCAAACCUUCGCCAUUCGUCUGCUUUGACCAAGAAUCCACUCACACAGUCUGAACUGUUCCACAGGCUGGAUCAACGGAAAACACCCUCUCUCACACCUCAGCGCUCAUUAAGCUACACGGCAAACUUGAAAACCUGUCUUUCAACCACUUUCAUACGAUAUGUCACUUAUCUCCGGCACAUCCGGCCAACAUGUGAUGUCACUUUGUUCAGUCGGGUGUGAAAACAGCGUCCUACAUCUGUGGAUACCCUACCUAUAAGAAAACUGUGUCGACAGGUGCCAGAGAACAGGCCGACUGUCCAACAGGCACUAAAUAAAACGAGAAUCACUCAAAUAUCUCAAAGUUACAA